AUGUACAUACCAAAACUCUCUCUUCUCCUAUUUAUACUGAUUUCUUCCACAGCAAUCAUCGACAUCACCGAAGCACAACUCAAGGGGAAAUGGCCACCAAAAGGUCCACCACCAAUUAAUAAAGCAUGGAACAAGCUAGUGAAAAAGAAAAAACUGGUAAAUGCUCCAGUAAUAACUACUCAGGGCGACUGUUCAGGAAAUCCAAUAGACACGUGUAAUUGGUCAUGUAGUCAUUGCAAUCGGCCCGAUGAUAUUCUAGCUUGUCCCACGAAAAAUGUGUGGGGUUUAUCAUUUGAUGAUGGUCCAUCAGAGUAUACUUCUGCUUUACUUGAUUUUCUGGACGAGAAUGACGUUAAGGCGACAUUCUUUUUGAUCGGUAUUAAUGUUGUUGGUAAUCCGGAACUAGUAAAAAGAAUGGUUGAUAGUGGCCACGAAGUUGGCGUUCAUACAUGGUCACACACCGCACUAACAACCCAAACGACUGAACAAAUCAUUGCCGAAGUAAAAUGGACAGAGAAAGCAAUAAAAGAAGCCGGCGGAAUAACACCCAGAUUAAUGCGUCCCCCAUUUGGCGAUAUGGACGACCGUGUUCGAGGAAUAAUGAAACAACUCGGCUAUAAAAUCGUUAUUUGGGAUAAAGAUAGUCGCGAUUGGGUGUCAGUAAGUGAUCCGACUUUCCAACUUGAAUGGGUUGCCGGGAACUUUAGUGUGUGGGCAUCUGAGGAUACUCCGACAGGACAUAUUUCAUUAGAACAUGAUUACUAUCAACAAACGGCUGAACAAGGACCAAAAGCUGUUUCUACAUUACUGGAUGCUGGUUGGAAUAUAAAUACGGUCGCCAAUUGUUCUGAUUUUUCACCAUAUUUGGAAAAUUUAAAAGGUGGUGAUGAAACUGCUGCUGCUUCGGAGGUAUCAUUAAAUAAUAAUGCAACAGCAAACAAUAACGAUAACACGACUGAUCCAACCGUCGUAACGCAAAGUGCUACGAACGGAUCUUUCACUUCAAAAAUAUCAACGAUAUCACUGGUGGUGUCGUUAUCGAUAAUAGGAAUAACAAUGUCAUAUUUAUUGUGA